AUGAUAAAUUUUGUAAAACUGGGGAAGACCAUAAAUUUGUCUCCAAAAAAGAAAUUUUUUCUUUUUUUUAGAACAAUCAAGGGGCGAAGGAGAAAAGAGAAAUAUGAAGAUUUAGAAAAUAAGCAUUUAUAUUGGUGUGUUAAUAAUAUGAAGAAAGAAUAUUUAGAUAAGGAUACUGAUGAUUUAGUAGAAAUAAUUGAAAAUGAUGAUAUUGAAAAACAACUUUCUGAUAUUGUUGGAAUAAAAGGAAAUAUACCAAGUAAUAAUUGUAUUAAUGAGAAUGCGAAAAAGUUAUAUAUUCAUCAACAGAAAAAAAGUGAUAUAGAUGAAACAAAGGUUGAAGAAAUAAAUAAAAUUUUUAAUCCAACUUUAAAUGUGUUAAAAGAUAAAGAAUUGGAGUUUUCGAGUGAUGCUGAUAAUUAUUUAAUAAGAAGAAAAAUCGAAAAUAGAACGGAUAAUAUAACCAAUAAUAAUAAUAGUAGUAGUAGUAGUAAUAAUAAUAAUAAUAGUAAUAAUAAUAAUAAUAAUAAUAAUAGUAAUAAUUUUUAUAAUAAAUCGAAUAGGGAUGCACCCAUUUUAGAUAUAAUACAAGGAAAGGAAAAUAUGAAUAAUAAUUCGAGUAAAAAUGUGAAUAAAUUAUCAGAUAAUAAUUAUAAUAAUACUUGUGCUAAUAAUAUAUAUGAUAAUAUGAAACAAAAUUGGAAUAAUAAAAAUGAUAUUAAUAUGGAGAAAGAAUAUUUCAAAAAUGAGAAGAAUGAUAAUAUGGAUGAUUAUAAUUUUAUGAAUGUUGAUAACAAUCCAAACAAUAAUUCCUUUUUUGAUUAUGAAAGCUUGAAAAGUAAAUCAAAUUAUCAAGAUUUAACACAUGCAGAAUAUGAUUAUAUGAAUAACU